AUGGCGGACUGCGCUACACUAUUAGAUGAGGAACUCUCGUCCUUCGUCUUCAAUUACCUGACAGAGAACUCCGACAGCCAGUAUGGAGAAGAGGAGGUGUGCUCAGACCGCCUGGAUACCGACUUUCCCGACAUCGACCUCUCACAGCUGGACACCAGCGACUUUGACAGCGUCAACUGCUUGGGCGAACUUCAGUGGUGCAGCGACCAGGCGGCGGACGCGUCACCGGUCUCCAUUCGGUACAGCAACCCCGAUGAGCUCUUUGAGAUUGAAGAGGAGAACGCGGCACUGCUGGCCGCUCUGACGGACAGCCUGGACGGCAUGGUGGACUCCGAGGUGAGCGGCCUCUCUGUCUUCCCUGCCCUGGGAGAGGACGAGCCCGACCAGGAUGAGAAAGACCAAGACCACGUUCGGCAUCUUUCUGUCAGUGGAAACCACUUAAAACGCUCACAGGACACCGAGGACCCCUCACUGCUAAAGAUCCUGCUGCUGACUCCACCCAAUGUACCUGCCGGAAAAGAUGGCACUCACAGGCAUCACUAUAACAACAGGGGAUUGCACCCGCGGACAAUCCGACCGCCGGUUAAGAUGGACCCCUCCCAGAUGCGGAAGCCUCGUGCCGUGCGUCCGGUGGGCCGUCUUUGCACAGAGCUCCAUCGACACCUCACCACCGCCCGACGGGAUCACGAGGAGCCCCCGUCGGCCGAAACGGACGAGGACGAAGAGGAAGACGAUGAGGAGAGCGAGUCAGAGGACGAUGACGACGAAGAAGAGGACGAAGAGUCUUCCGGUAGCGAGGUGGAGGCAAAGCAAGGCAAGGCCCUCGCCGAGCCGGCCCAACCGCAGUUCACCUCGGAGAAAGAACUCCGCUCUGUUGUAGAGCUUAUCACCUACAUGCACACGUACUGCAUGCCCAUGCGAAAGCAACAGGGUCUGGACCGCAAGGACCCACCCAGGCCUCGGGCUCGACACGAUACCGCCCGCUUGCCCGUCACAAACUCUCACAGCCGAGUGGUCUUGGUAUCUCCGCCGGCGAGCAGCGGGCCCGCGGGCGCCCCUCGGAGGAUUCCCUUCGCAAGGCGCCGGCAGAUAAAGACUGAUUGUCUUCUUCGUGAGCUCCUGCAGCAAAGCGGCUCCUUCGACGUCAGCAAGCCUUACGGACCGCACUGUCCGCCGUACACCCAAAUAGGGGCAGGAUCCCCGCCUUGUAAUCGCACACCUGGCACCGGCACCCCUAAACCGGAAAUUUGUACAGACCCUUCCCUGUCCGAUAGGAGAAACUCCUCCUGCGAGACACCGCAAAUCCCCGAUGAGAACGGUGGCUCCUUCUCAGUCCGUCGCUCCAGGCGUCUGGCGUCCUUCCCUAGCCGUUUCGCCAAAAGACUGCGGCCCGGUCGGGGGAGGGAGGGUGAUAGGAAAGAGGAGCGGGAUGACAUUGAGACAGUGGUCAAGGUCUCACCAACUCAAGCCACAAGCGGGACAACGACGAAGGUGGUAUCGCAAGACGACACAACGGAGGCGACCAAAAUUUGCUGCCGCGACGAGAAACGAGUCUGCCUGUGUCUGCCCAUCGACGCCAGCAAGUCCACAGGAGAAUUCAGCAGCAAGACCUUCGAGCAGACGCUUGGAGUGGAUUUGUGUGGAACUGCAGGUCUGACACCGCCCACCACGCCGCCUCACAAGCCGGUAGAGGACGACCUCUUCAAGCCAUCUGAAGCCAGAAAGGGCGACCAUUCGUCCAGCCCCGUGUCCGUCCAAUCGUCAACCGCCGGCGUCGGUGGCCUUCGGGGCUCCUGGCUGAGCCGUGCGUAUCAGCGUAAGCUUCCGGAGCAGACAGAGCUAUACGCCCAGCUGCGGGGUAUAGCCGAAGACGGCGACGCCUGCCAAGGCUUCGGCGACCACGACUACUGCGCGCUGAGCCUCGUAGAAACCCGCAAGCGAAGCAUCGCCAUGCUAGGCAGCAUGCUGCAAGGGUCCCGAAAACCCAAGGUCGGAGAGGAAAACGGCGUCCAAUCAGAUGUAGGCGAGUCAGUGGAGUCGUCGCAACCUCCGCCGGCCGACUGCCAAUCAGCAGUCGCCUCGCCCCCUGCCUCAGAGGAAGAGGCGGAGCACUCAGCGGCAUCUCGCUCACCCUCGCCGACCCUCCACGUUUGUCCCGACUCCCCUGCCAGCAAGACAGACUCCAGUGAACACUCGGAGAUGUGCCCGACGGACGAACAAGGGAACAAAGCCAAAUCUGACGAGGAGAACUGUCAGGUGUUCUACAUCCACAACCUGCCCAGCAGCAUGACCCAGAACAUGUUGAGGAAGCGCUUCCAGGUCUUCGGCACGGCUGACGAGUGCAAAGUCAUCAUCUGUAAUGAGGAGCGCUGCGGUGUCAUAAAGAUUCGGCAGUCCGGCAUCCAGCGGCUCCGGCGGGAACGCGAGAAUGUUUUCCCGAGCACGACCACAAGCGGGAAGAGACUGACCAGGAAGCGCUAUAUCGACCUCGAUGAGGCGGGUCCCGGCCCAGUCAAAAGCAAGUACGACACGCUGGACUUUGACACUCUGCUGAAGGAGGCGCAAAAAUCACUACACCACCGCUGA